AGCCUUGGCCCUGCGUCAGAGAGAGAGAGAGAUCUCAAGCGGGGUGACCGGAGAACCAGAGGCGCGAUCGGCAACACGGCGUAGGCAGCGCAAGCCACAGCAAGAUACUCCCCCCACCAACCUCCCGGAUUCCAUUUCCCACCCGCCGCCCGCCAGCCUUCGCCGCAUCAUUCCUUGCCAGCGGCCCACGCAAGUCCCAAAUCCCAAACCCCGCGCCCCGUCCAUGGACACCCGCCUCGGCCCCAGCCGCGCCGCUCUUAUACGCCGCAGCAUCCUGCUCAAGCAGCAGCUGCCGUGAUCGACUACACCGCCUGCCCGCGCGCGCACGCUUGCUCGUUCGUCUCCCUCGCCGCGCCCGCGCGUGCUGAUCCUGCUGCUGGCUCUGGCGGCGGCGGGGCGGGAUGCUGGGGUCGGGCCUGAAUCUGGUGACCACGGUGAUCGGCUUCGGGAUGAGCGCCACCUUCAUCGUCUUCGUCUGCGCGCGCCUCAUCUGCGGCCGCGCCGUGCGGGCCGACAGCGACGCCGACGCGGGCGCGGCGGUCGCCGCCGCCGCACGCGCCAUGGCGCCCUUCGACUUCGACGUCGAGUUCCGCGCCGCGGAUCUCGAUCGCACGAUUGAGCAUACCUGCAGUGGGUUGGAACCUUUUGUUGUUGCUGCGAUUCCUACGAUGACUUAUAGCUCUGAGGCCUUCCAUUCAAAAGAUGAUGCCCAGUGCUCCAUAUGUUUGGGUGAAUACAACGAGAAAGAGAUUCUGCGGAUCAUGCCCACAUGCAGACAUAAUUUUCACCUUUCCUGUAUAGACACAUGGUUACAAAAGCAGACGACUUGCCCAAUCUGCCGAAUCUCGCUGGAAUUACCCGGUGGAAAAGCUACUGCUUCCCCUGCCCCUAGCCCCCCACGGUUACUUGGCCACCCUGAGAGCUCUGUCAGUCGAUCACCUCACUGGAUACUGCCUAUUCAUCGUGAUCGUACUGGAGGCCGAGAAAACAGACCAGCCUCACAAGAAUCACUAGAAGUGGUCAUUGAACUCCAACAUGAACACCGUUGAGGUGUAAUCAUGCCAUGUUGGUCAGACUAAAUUCUUCGGUGAGGAGCAUCGAGGACGAUUUGCAGAAAUCGUGUGCAUCCUUCUUGCAACACGAUCCUUUGGGACAUAGAAUUGCAGCGGAUUUGUUUGAUUCAGAGAUUGUAGAUUAGCGAGUUUCACCCCUUUUUUUCCUUUCUGUGGCUCUUUGGAUGUUCUUUGUGAUGUUUAUUUGUUGUAUAUUAUCAGUUUGUCACAGGAAACAGUAAUAUAGAUCAGAUUGGGAGCAGCGAAAAUAUUUGUGGCUGCUCCUAUC